AUGCCAAGAAAAUUUGAGCACAUCGUCGUUGCAAUUGAAGAAUCGAAAGACUUAUCUACGUUGUCUAUAAAUAACUUGAUGGGUUCUCUUCAAUCCCAUGAGCUAAGAUUAAAACAAUUUGAUGUUAACCCUGAGGAAGCUUUUCAAAUGCAAAUUUCAUUUAGAGGUGGUUCACGUGGAAGACUUAGUGGUCAUGGAAGACGAGGAGGUGGAAGAAACUAUGACAAUAGAAGCGGUGCAAAUUCUGAAAAUUCACAAGAAAGCUCUUCUUUAUCUCGAGGAAGAGGAAGCAGAAGAGGAAGAGGCUUUGGCAGAAACCAAGGAGGUGGUCGUGGUAAUUUCUCUCAAAUUCAAUCCUUUAAUUGCAGAAAGUAUGGUUAUUUCCAAGCAGAUUGUUGGGCACUAAAAAAUGGAGUUGGAAAUACCACCAUGAAUAUGCAUAAAGAACAAAAGAAAAAUGAUGAAGGCAUUCUAUUCCUCACAUGUAGUGUUCAAGACAAUGUUGUAGAGCCUACAUGGUAUCUUGAUAGUGGUUGUAGUAACCACAUGACAGGAAAUAGAAGUAUAUUUGUUACUUUGGGUGAAUCUUUCCAAAGUGAACUGAAGACUUGUGAUAAUACCAGACUACAAGUCAAAGGCCAAGGUGAUAUUCUUGUGAAGACAAAGAAAGGCACAAAACAAGUUACAAAUGUGUUCUAUGUUCCAGGUCUAAAGCAUAAUCUUUUGAGUAUUGGCCAACUGCUUCAACGAGGUUUAAAAGUUUCAUUUGAAGGUGACAUAUGUGCAAUCAAAGAUCAAGUCGGUGUUCUUAUUGCCAAGGUAAAAAUGACUGCUAAUAAGAUGUUUCCUCUUAACUUUACAUAUGGUCAACUAUCUUGCUUCAGCAGCAUAUUGAAGGAUCCAUCCUAG